CUUCUUCUUUAAAUAUGGAUUUUUUGUGAAAUUGACAGAUGAGUCUGUCCCGUUAUGAGUGAUACUAAUAUGAGGAUAUUGUGGCUACGGGAGUGACAACAGGAGCAGACAUAACAAAACAAUAAAGUAGUACUCUCAUCCCAUGUGCCUGUCAUCAUCUUUCCACAACGUGUCUUAGCGGCCUUUAUGCCCAUCUACAGCAGAACAAGUUUGUUGACACUGGCUGUGGAAACGGAUCCUGCCCACUCCCUCCUCUUUCUCCUUAUCAGACCGGUUUUAGCUCCUUUGCUUCCAAACUGUACAUUCCCACCAUCUCACUUCUAAUCACCUAGGCCGGCUUGCACUUAUGGCUACCUGCUUCCUUCUCACAUCUGCUGCCUUUCAUGAACCAGCUAUGGGCCUGGGAGUAGCUGUAGAUCCACCGUGGGAAUCCUUAACAGUUUACUUGCAGGUACUUCUGGGAGCUGCCUUGGCACUUUUUUGUUUCUGCCUUUUGCUUGGAUGUGCCAUCUGUUGGCAACAAAGAAGCAGAAGCCAGUCUAUACAAAGCCUUGAUGAUACAGACAAGGAGCUGGCAGAAAUCUCAGUCAGAUCUGCUGCGGUUCCAAUACCAACUAGCUACCAAGAAAUAGAUGACAUGGAUGAGGACUUCAUUGCACAAAGUGGUGACAAUGUGGAGGAUGCACCAAUCAGAAGCAUACAUUCUAGACCUUCUCGUCACGGUUUACACCGUAUUUCAUCAAAGACAAAACGCAUUCUACAUCGGCGUAGCACAUUAGCAGUGGACUAUUCUCAAGAAGGUGACAGUGUCAAACUUGUGAGGAUGUCUGCCUCCCGCACUGACCCAAGUGGGCUCUCCAAAACAAAACAUAAAUCCCAUCCUUUCCUGCACUUCACUUUGCACUAUUCCGUAGAAGAAGAGACACUUACAGUGACAGUUACUGGCCUCUCUAACCUGCCCAAGAAGUUCCGUCACAAGAGACAGUCCUUGGUUAGAGUCUAUCUGAUGCCUGGUUUUAUUGAACCACUACCAGCCCAAAAUGAGGGUCCAGAGCAAGGACAGAAGUUCUUGUUCUGUAAGUACAGCUCAGAGCAGCUGAAGGAGCUCACUCUACGUCUGACUGUGUUUGCUCAAGAGAAGCAAAGUCUCAAGGAAAGAUUCAUUGGGGAAGUGCUGUUCCCUGGGCCAGAAAUUGACUGGAACAGUCAGGGAUCAUGUGUAUACACUAAGGAGCUGUCUGGUAUCAAGGCCAAGCUUAAGAAGAGUAUGAGCACAACAGAUGUAAUCUCCCCUACAACCGCACAACCAAAAUCCCUCGGCCAGAUAUUUAUCCUUCUUCAGUAUCAAUGCUCAGCAAAUCGCAUAAAAGUGAUGGUGCAAAAGGCAGAGAACUUAAGCAAGCGGGCACGCAUUCACGGCCCAGCAGAUCACUUUGUUAGUAUACGCCUGAUCAAGGAAAAUGUAGUGAAGGAGAGGAAAGAGACCCGCACCGUGACAGGAUCUAGCCCUGUAUGGAAUGCCCCAUUUCUUUUUGACACCCCUGUGGAGGCCCUAGAGGAAGAUACAAUAGCUCUGGAGUUUGUGGUAAUGCAGGGUCGUGCAUAUAAUCGUGCUCGUACCCUUGGGCGUGUGCGAAUUGGUGCUGGUGGCUCAAAAGAUGGCCUAGCUCAUUGGAAGGAGAUGCAGAACAAAGAACCUAAGGAAUGUGCCCGUUGGCAUACCCUCCAACCUGAUGUGUAGCAGGACUUUCUCCAUUUUGAAACCAGUGAAUUAUUUUCACUCUUAAAUUGAUACUAUGUGUGCUAAGCCCCAGCCUGAUGUUUCUGGAAUGGACAACAGCAAAGAAAGAUAACCUCUCAACAUUAAUUCAGUCUAUUUUAUAUAGCAAACUCUAUUUGGAGUUGCCAUGGAGUUGGGGUAAAGGAAAAUGGUCACUGUGAUAAGCAAUAGACCUUGAUUGUGUUUGAAUUUAGUACUCUGGUUGUAGAAGGGGUGCAAGAAACCAUGGGAUAAUUCUAGUCAUACUUGAAGUUUCCCUAUUUUUAUUACUAGAUAGCUUGUAAAUGUGCUUCAUUAGAUAUUUAUUAAGGAAUACAAUGCUGGUUUAUGACAGGAGACAGAAAUCAAUUCAUACAGCCUAUUAAAACUAAAAAUGCUUUUUUGCUUUAUUUAGGCAAAACCCUGUGUUUUUGUGCUGCUGUCUAAAUGAACUAUGAAUAAUUGGUUUUAUACCAGGCAUUGUGUGUGCAAAUUGUUUUUCUUCUUAUAGUGAAGAUGGCACUCAAUUUACCACUUUACAGGUGGCCAUACACGGUAAGAUCCUCUCGUUUGGCCUAUAACUUACCUUACCUUGCCUGGCUGUGACUUCUGGCCCGUGCAUGUAUAUAAAAUACUGCAGUAAUCUGCAACUAGAAAGCUGGUGAAGUAGAUCACUGUGUCACUAGCACAAGGUUUUAUUCAAGUGCAGAAUAUCAGAAUGAGAGAAUCCGUUCAAUGUCAUUUUGCAUUACAGAAUCUGUUUCCUUGUUUUUCAUAAACCUGCAAUAAAUAGACUUAGUUCUUGUAACCUUCCUUGCACUUCAUUAUUUUAUAUUUUUUUAAACAGAUCCUUGGAAAGCCCCAAUAAUAACACAACCGGAAGGGCCAAAACAUGUGGUUCUUAUAUUUAUUCACCUUUCACAUAAAUAUAUAAUGAAACAGGGAUGAAAGCAUAAUAAAUGGACAGACAUAUGAUAAUAGAAUAUCACUGUUUCUGAUACAAACACCUGCACAAAUACUGUAUAUAUAGAAAGUGCGCAGGUGGGAGAGUUCACACGCAUUUACCUAUUGGAUACACAUAUGCAAACACUAGUAGAUACAUAUACAUACAAGAAACAUUUGCAGAAAGAAAAACAAACUAUGGAAAA